AUGCUGAGCCUGUCACUCUGUCACCCUGGGAAUCUACCCAUUCAUUCUGAGAAUCUACCCAUUCACUCUGAGAAUCUACCCAUUCACUCUGAGAAUCUACCCAUUCACCCUGAGAAUCUACCCAUUCACCCUGAGAAUCUGCCCAUUCACCCUGAGAAUCUUCCCAUUCACUCUGAGAAUCUAUCCAUACACCCUGAUAAUCUGUCCAUUCCCUCUGAGAAUCUGCCUAUUCCCUCUGAGAAUCUACCCAUACACCUUGAGAAUCUACCCAUACACUGUAAGAAUCUGCUCAUUAACUCUGAGAAUCUGCCCAUUGACCUUGAGAAUCUGCCCAUUCACCCUGAGAAUCUGCCCAUAGACUCUAAAAAAUGA